CGGAUCGCACCACCGGCGGCGGCACCAGUGAGUCCCACCGCCCCGACAUCCCGCCACAGCCCCCGGCAGCUUCACACCGCUGUUGGUGCGGGAGUGCGGCCAAUGGGCCAAUGACGCACGAGGGGCGGGAGCGGGAGCUACAUAAACAGCGGCUGAGGCGCCAUCGCAGCCAUUUGCUCUUUUCUGCGAUUCUGAAACGAUAUUAUUCUUUUAAAAAAUAAGUGCAGCCAUCGAUCUGGGGACCAUGACCGAGAUUGCUUUUCAGAAGGCAGCUGAAGAAGUUAAACACCUUACGACUGUACCUACUGAUGAAGAAAUGUUAGCCAUCUACAGUCUGUACAAACAAGCAACUGUUGGGGAUGUAAACACAGAGCGUCCUGGAAUGUUGGAUUUUAAAGGAAAGGCCAAGUGGGAUGCGUGGUCUAAACUCAAAGGAACAAGUAAAGAGGAGGCUAUGAAGUUGUACAUCGCUAAAGUGGAAGAAAUGAAAGUAAUCUAUGGCAUGGCAGAAUAAAAAUCGGCUUUUUUUUAAAGACGUGUUACUUCAAAACGGCUAAAAGAUUUCUGAUUUAAGAAUAAAUGCCUUAAUAAUAGUAACCAUUUCAAGAUAACUUGUAGAAUUUCUAUGGCAGUUUGUAUGUUUUUAAUACUGCUGAGGAUUGAAUUCCAGAAAUAUGACUGCUGUGUGAUUCGUAAAAAGAAAGUACUGCAAAGUUUUAACUGCUAUUUGGUUAGACCGUAAAAAUGUUGAGUAUAAUGGUAUCCUAUAGAAUAUGGUUACUUGUCAAUUGCACUCGAGAGCAUGCCUUCACCUUUUGUUCAGAAUACUUUGAUUAAUGUACCUAUAUGUCUUCCAUGUCUUGUACUAAAUUUUGUAAUUUAGAUUCUUACAGAACACAUGAUGACUGUGAAAAUAAAGUUCCAGUUGAGACUA